UGCGCGUCACGUUCGUUAAAGCGACCCUUGUUACUUUUUUUUCUCCUUCUUUUUCAUGCAACAGCUUGUUUUGUUGUUCGCCUCACUCACGGCCAGGAUAGUUUUUCUUAUCCUUAACGUACCGAUGCAUGCAGGGAAAUUGGACCAAGUGCGUAAAAAAUGCGCGUUGGUUUAGUUGGAGUGUCCGCAUUGUCAUCCCACUUCGAUGGCCUGUUGACUGUUGUUGAAGUUGAACGCGGAGUCAAGUGCUGCUCGGUCUCGGUCUGUCAGUUUUAUGAGAAGUUGGCCAGAGUGAUGAACUCAGACCAGGAAAGGCCGUUCAUUUGCAACGCUCCUGGCUGUUCUCAGCGAUUCCCCACGGAGGACCAUCUGAUGAUACACCGACACAAACAUGAGAUGACCCUUAAGUUCCCCUCCAUAAAGAACGACAACAUGUUAUCAGACCAGACACCCACGCCGACACGCUUUUUGAAGAACUGUGAGGAGGUUGGACUGUUCAGUGAGCUGGACUGCUCCAUUGAACAGGAGUUUUGCAAAGCCCAGGAAGAAGAGGACAGUAAACAGAGCAUCUCACUGCACGGUCAAGCAGGCCAAGGCCAGCACCAGCAGGCCCACUCACGGAUGGGCAACCACGAUACCAGCAUAGUGAUCCAGCAGGCCCUGCCCUCUCCUCAGUCCAGCUCCGUCAUCACUCAGGCUCCCUCCACAAACCGACAGAUAGGGCCUGUCCCCGGCUCUCUGUCCUCACUGCUGCACCUACGAAACAGACAGAGACAGCCUCUGCCAGCCUCCAUGCCUGGAACCCUGCCAGACCCGACCAUGCCUGGCUCCUCCGCUGUACUAAUGCCUAUGGAGAGACAAAUGUCUAUGGGCUCCAAUAUGAUGGGUAUGCAAGGUCCUGCCCACAGCAACUCCUGCUCCUCCACUCACAUUCCCUCUAUGCACUCAGAGGCCAAAAUGAGGCUGAAGGCUGCACUUUCACACCACCCUGGUGCCAUUGCCAACGGCAACAUGAACUCCAUGGGUCACAUGAUGGAGAUGAUGUCAUCGCGGCAGGAGCAAAGCGCCCACCACCACAUGCACUCGCACCCGCACCAGCACCUGCAAGCCCCUCCCCACGCGUACCAGCAUCAUGGACAUCACCACCACAACCAGGGGCACAGCCAGGGAGGACACCACCACCCACAAGGACACAACCCCCACCACAACUCCCACAAUCCUCACCUCCAUCCCGGUCACCCACACCAGACUUCGCCGCACCCUCCAAUGCACUCUGCCUCACAGAUGUCACCUGCAACCCAGCAGAUGCAGCCCACACAGACGCUGCAGAGUCCGCCUCCAAGCGGAGGACGGCGCAGACGAGUAGUGGACGAGGAUCCGGAUGAGCGGCGACGAAAGUUUCUAGAGCGCAACAGAGCAGCGGCAACAAGAUGCAGACAGAAGAGAAAAGUCUGGGUGAUGUCAUUAGAGAAGAAAGCAGAGGAGCUUACUCAGACCAACAUGCAGCUUCAGAAUGAGGUGACGAUGCUGAAGAACGAGGUGACCCAACUCAAGCAGCUUCUCCUCACACACAAGGACUGUCCCAUUACCACUAUGCAGAAAGAGUCCCAAGGUUACCUCAGUCCAGAGAGUAGUCCAGCGGGGAGUCCAGCGCCGGUGUGCUCCCAGCAGCAGGUCAUUCAGCACAACACCAUCACCACCUCCACCACGACUGUAGGGGGCAACAGUGUGCACGGGCAAGCCAACCACCGCACAGACAUUAACCCCAUUCACUAGAGACCAGAGAGACUCUGACCCACACCACCCCUGCUCUCUGAGGGUCAGCAGCUGCACAUGCUGCCCCCCCCUCCCUUCUCUUCAUCAAGAAAAACCUCAAAGGCCUGUGAGGCUGAUCUUUAUACAGUAGCUACAGUAUGUAUUUUUAUAGACAGACCCUAUUAACGCAUACAUGUUCUAUGGUUUAUUGUCUCUUUUUUUAAUCUGCUUUUUUGUGCUUAGUGGAAAGAGAGCUUUGCUAAUCUCAUGCAACUUUUAAGUGACUUUUUUCUGUUGUUAAAUGGUACAAGAUGGACCAAGUUGGACACAGAACCAGAGGAAAUGGACUUAAGCCUCGGUCUGUCAUCUCUAUAAGCAGCCCUUAUAUUUCGGCGUACCUGAUGGACUGAAUACGUCUCUGUGUCACAUGUGGAAAAGUGUAUGCAGCAUGUGUAAAAUACAGAGUAUGUCAUGGAUGAUAAUACACAUAGUCAUACUCUGAAUAUGUGUGCAGGACGUUGCUGCCUCUAGGUUGUUUUCUAAGUUUAAGUCAAACUGUCGCCAUGAUGUUUUCUAGAAAAAAAACAACCUGUAUGACUGUUAAUCUUAUCCCUGUUAGUGGUGUUCUUAAAGAGUUUUGCGACAUUAACAUGGAAAUGUAAAUGAAUAUGAUCAAAUGGAAGCAAUACAUCCCAUUACAUUGAUCAUCUAAUGUAUGUCCUUACUGGGAUCAGCACGGCCAAGCCAGUCUGGUCCAGAGGACAUGCAGUGCUGUUGUAGCUAUAGAACUGUACACUGUGAUACCAGUGAGGCAGCUUGGGAGUUAAAACAAACUCCUCCGCUCUCCAGGACCAACUGAAGCUUUAAAUAUUGUGGCCUCUUUUUGUGUGUUUGUGCAUCUGGAUCCAAAUGAAUAUAACAUUCAAGUGCGUGCAUACUUAUGUGUAUGUGUGCUGGAGUACAUCUGUAUGUGUGCAUGUGAAUAUGUAAAAUGUUUCCUCUGUGGAACUAAGUUCAGCAGAUGUGUAGAGAGAACAGGUGUGUGGUAAAGACAGAACGUUUGUGAGCAUGAUUUUUCUUUUUUCUUUUUCUUUUUUUUGACUGACAACCCAUGACAGGCAAAGUGUUUUCUGAAAAUGAGCAGUUUAUAUCUGUCCGUUCAAAAAAUGUCACAAUGUGCCUGAAUACUUUUACAGUUUUUUGGUUGGCAGCAGAAUGCCCCUAAUUAUCAUCACUUUUUCUUCAAAACAAUCAAACCACGUUGAGUCUGAAUGAUCAGAUUUGUAUCUGUUACUGGCUUUGUCGAAGAUGUCUGCUGCAUGUUUAGGGCAAAAUCAGCUUACAGAGGAGAAGAACAGCCGCUACCCAUUUGACCUCUGACCUCUGCAUCAGUCCUUCUUUCUCAGGCAUCGUGUGUGUUUCAGAUUGGCGAUGGAUGUACUGAUAAUGAUAUAGGCUUUCGAUUUCCCUUCCAGCCUUGAAACUUAAUGCCUUCUCGCGUUCCUCUCUCUUCCUUAUGACCAGGAAUGUUGCUUCAGUAGCAUGAUGACCAUAAUGCACUGUGUUUUACAGUAGGAUGGAUGAAAUACAUUCCACUGACAGGUGGAGCGAUCACAGAGCUGUCUAUGCACUUUGUCCUCUGUCCCGCCAGAGGGUAGAAUAGCCAUAUUAAGGUCCGAGUAAUUCUCAGUGAACCCCCUUUUCACACACCAGCGAAAAAACGUAAUGUAUUUGGCUUUAUGGAGAAACUGUGCCUGGCAUGCAUUACAUAUCUAUCUAUGUACCAAGAGAACUUUGAGCUCAUAUUGUAAGAUGAGGCUCAUUAAGGACCCUGCAUCACUGGGUUCUGUGGUUUAGUUUGUAGCCCUUUGUUCUGUAAAACACUCAAGAGCUCCAGUUUUACUAUUAAUGAAGGAAGCUUACAUGUGAAAUAAAGAUUGUCUUUAUUCUCAUAAUGAGUUACAUCUACAUUUUACAGAGGCACUUGGACUGUUUAUAUCAUGUCUUAACCUUGGCGUCUGUAUGUGCAGUGUUUUAUGAGUAUAUAUGAGACAGAGAAAUUGAUUCUCUUGAAAAGGGCUUUGUCGUACCAACCCUUUGAAAUGAAGCUUGCCUUAUAUUUGGUUGUGUUCUCAAAACCAUAUCUAGUUUAUUAGACCAUUCCAAAUUAACCUUUUGCAUGUGAAAAUAUGGUAAAUGACCUCAAAAUACUUUCAACUGGAAUCAUUAGGAGGAUUUUGCUAUUUUAGCAUUAAAAACAAGAGUCUAGUUUCAUCCAUUGGUGACUGCAUAGGCAGAAAAAAAAGAGGACAGAUGGAAAUUCCUUGUGUGUGUCUGUGUGGAUUUGUGUGAAAGGUGGAGACUGACUCCUACACGUUAAUGAUGUUAUAAUUGUAUUAUUUUAAAUCUAAAACUAUAAAUAUUGUACAUACUGUCUUUAAUUUCUGUAACCCUGUACAUGUAAUGCAACCACCUUUCUUUUUGAAGGGAGUAAAUGUGUGGUACAUGUGUGUAAAUAAUGUUUGCAUAGCACUUGUUGCCUUUCGUUGUAUGUCGAGGCUCAUUUCAGUGCUUAAAUACAUUUGUUUAUAUGUAAUGAACUGAUGAAUCCAUUCUCGCCUGCAUAACUUUGUACAUUUUUUGUGUCUGUAAUGGCAUUGUCUCCAUUUUGUUUUGCAUUUGUACAGAUGUUAAAGUAUCACUGCAGUUACAUUACGGUAUGAAAAUAAAGCACUUGUUCUGUAACGUA